GGCUCGAGCGUCCAGUGUGGCCCCGGGGUUCGUGGGUGCCAGACGUCGAGGGGAGGUGUUCCGCGUUUGCUGUUCUGUUCUGUUCACUGGGAGCCCGAGCAACAUUUCGUUCAAUGCCCAUGAGUAACGAAGCGGUCGCUGUAAGUGACUUUCUGUGACGGAUGCCUUGACUCGAUCACCCAUGAAUGGAGUUGAAUCUAUUUUCUCGAUUUUAUCCGAAUUGGCUUUUACUCAGUGUUCGUGUGGAAUAGAUUAUUUUAUUCGUUCUCCAAAAUCGGCAAACCAUUUCUGUUGCAAAAAGUGAUUUUUUAGACUCCCGCCCACCGUGUGUGACGAUCUGGUUAUUACUAAUGAAUAAAUUGUGAAGAACUCGCCAUUAGCAAAGUUCAUUUCGAUAUCGGGGAAUAUUAGGAAAAUUAUCAUUAAUAUUACCACCUAACGAAGCCGCACGAUCACGCAGAUCGUGACUCUGGGAAGAGUGUGACGUCAGGAGGCAAGCAAGAGAAAAUACGAGGAAUCUAUAUCAGCUUCCGAUAAAGCGAAAAAGAAAAGCGAAUGUGAUCCAAAAGAGGAAAAAAAGAAAAGAAAAUUGAUGUGUGUUCCAAAACCGAAAGUGUCCUUUGCAAAUUUUUAAAUUCGGAACUUCAGUGAUUGAACUUGUGAGAGUCUGUAUUUCUUUCUCUUAUUUUUCUUUCUCUCUCCUUCACUCUCUCUUUCUUAUUUUGAAACCAUAUCAUCACGGGAAAAGAUAGAUCGUGAAAAUAAAAUAAUUAAAAGUGAUUUUAACAGAACGGAUGAAUUUGUGAUCUUUAUGAAGUGAAACGUGUUAUAAAAAAGAAACAGAAAAGGAAAAAAAGAAACUAUCACUUUCAUUUUCUUUAAUUCUCUCUCUCUAUGACAAAAUGGUUCAAUUAUCCGUGAGAACAAAUCCACCUCGAGAAACCUUAUUAAGAUAUCCCCGAAAGUGUUAUGUCACAUAUUCUAGUCACAGUGAAAGUGAUAACCUGCAGAUAAGACUGAAUUAAGAGAUACAGGAAGAAACCUUAAGACACAGGACAUCGUCUUAGCGAGGGUGACGUUGUACUUAGACACUGUCGUGGGAUCAUGGGCGUGUUAUCUACCACAUUGACCACGCCCUUUGGAGAUAUAGUGUCUUCUAAUUCGACGUGGACUGAGGUGGAGGACUGCUCCAGCCUUCUCUCCAAUCUUAGCUACGGCCACACCGCCUCCCCGAGCAUCGAACAGGUGAAGUAUGUGGCCUACGGGAUCGCCAUGCCCGUGCUGGUUGCCCUGGGCGUGCUCGGCGAUAUUCUCAACCUGGUGGUGCUCACGCGACCCAACAUGACCGGGGUUGCCUACGUCUACAUGAGAGGAGAACUGAUCCACAGGAAGGAGAGAAACGAAUGGCUGGUGGAUUCCAUCUGGUUCCAGGUCUACAAGUGGAUUCUGGAACUCGUUUUCAAACUCCUGCCGGCGCUGGUCCUGGUGUACUUGAACGUGAGGAUCAUCCGCACCUACAAGGCCGUGUGCGAGAAGAGAAGGAAGAUGACGAAGAAGGUGAGCGGGGAGCAGCGCCGUCAGUACGCGGAAGAAUCUCGCCUCAUGUACCUUCUCGGGGGAACUUCCACCCUCUUCUUCGUGUGCAUGACGCCCAUGAUCGUUCUCUCCGUCACCAUACACCGGCCGUGGAAAAACUCACUUGCUUUUGAGAUUUUCCGUGCGAUCGCCAACGUGCUCGAGGUGACCAACUUCGCCGUCACCUUCUACAUCUACUGCACGUUCUCGAAGGAUUUUCGGGAGACGUUCCUCCGGACGCUGCGUUCGGCGAAGGAGAACUCCAUGGGGGCGUCCUUCCUGGGGUCCGUGUCCGGCUUGAAAGAGGCCAUCAGACCCCCAUAGGGACGCGCCCACGCUAGGACCACGCAGACGCCCGUGCCUGUGGCUGUAUGACACCACAGCACGCAGCAGGGGCGGGACGGGGAGUCACUGAAGGCCAGGGGCUACGAGAGCGAGAAGGAAGCCGCGUCUCAUGAGAGAAAAUGCGUCAUUUCGACUGUCUUUUAGACGGAAGGCAGGACCGUAGCCGUCGAAGAUGAGGUUCCCCUUUUCUGGACUGCAGCCUGCCCUCUGAAGACUUCCAAUCGGUAGUUAAGCCCUGCGCCUACAGUGAGUGUGUCCCGCGACCUGCUGUGCUGGUUUCUGCGUGAUCCUAGCGUGAUGUAAAGACGAAAACUGUUUUUAUAUGAAGCAAUCUAUUGUUUAACAAAUUUGCAGUAUAAAAUGUUUAUAGUUUUUUUCUUUUUUAUCGUCGACUGUACUGCUCGAGAAGGGAAUAUCCUCGGGUUGUUUUAUGAUUAUUCUUUGUAGUUCUUAGUGAUUUUCCAAAACUGAAAAAAAGAAGAUUGAUGAAGGAUAAUCUAUUUUUCCCUGGUGCUUACUUUUUUGCAUAUGUGAAAAACUUUUCGCUGGAGGUCUACUGCUUCCAGAAAAAUAGAUUUCUUUACUCAGACGAACGAGGUCCCUUUGAAAAAAAGAAAAAGACACGUAAACCUUGGCCUGAAGGAACUUUGUUACGUGACAUCCACAGCAACGGGCUCUGGCAAAAGAAAAUAACACAGUGUCGCUUAAAAAGAAAAGAAGAAGAAGAAAAAAAAAAAAAAAAACACAAGAAAGAAGAAACAAAAGAAACAUAUAAAAAAAAACACGACCUCAUCAGAUUGAAAUUCAACCUCCUUCUUGACUCUCCCUUUGUCGCCUGGUGCUUCCGCAACUGUGCCCAACACAGGCCUUCGUCAGUGUGCAUGUGGAUAGUUCUUCGACACUAGGUUCCUUGGCAUUAGUCGUUCCGGUGCGAGAGAUGCAAGGUGCUGUCAGCUGGUGGCGGGUAUGGGAGUCUUGAGUCUUGAGGAUGAUGUGUCAUGAGCAUGCUGUCAUGAAAGUCGAUAAGUAUGCUGGGUAAACAUGUUUACAUAUUUCUAUCGUUUUUUCCUGAUAGAAGCGAACACGAGAGCCUAGAUUUGUACAUUUUUGCCUCAAGAGCCCUUUUUUUUUCUUUCUCCUCGUGAUGAGAAGAUAUAGAUAUACUCUCAUAAAAAGGUUUUCUGUCAAUGAGUCAACAAGCAAGAAUACAUGGGUCUAGAUCUUUCAUCGUCUGUGAAAAAGAAUGAAUACUUGAGAUUUGAUGAAUGAAACUUGUUUUCACUUAAAAAAAAAAUGAUUUUUAAAAAUAGAAAUGACAUACUUUAAGUAUUGAAUACAGCCUCGUGAGUUUUCAGUGUGCUAAAAAAAAGGAGUACAUAUUGUAUGCUUCAACUCGCAUGAAUACAUGCGUCCUGGCCUCUUGUUGGAAUGGACUGCCUGGUUUCGGUUAUUCGCCACGUAACCACCUUCUUUCCUAUGCAAUUCAAGCAAUCCUAUUGGAAUGUCUCAAAGACCACCAAGUGAAGCAUGAGAAACGAACUCUAAAUUAAACAAGGUACCACAACAAGCACGCAGAAACGUUUUGUCCCUCCAUGAUAAACUGAUAUUAUGAGGCUGAACUAAUGUGGUCAGUGUAUUGAUACUGUGGUUGAUAUAUUAUCAUGAUUAAUAAUCAUUGAAGAUUGUAAAGUACUUUAUAUGACACGGAUAUGUUACUCGUUACUGGAUAUCAUUCUUUGAUCAUUACGGUCGCAUAGAAAUGCAUGUAUCUGACACGCUUCAUAACAACAAAAGGUCAGGAGAGAAUAAAAUAAAAGUUCUGAAAGGGAAUAAGAGCCAGUUAACGAUUCGAAUGAGGUCGUGGCAUCGUGAUUGGGAGAUGAGUGUCGAUGAAACAGGAGGCAAAUGAGAUUUUUUUUUUCAAAUGAGUGUUCCAGGAAACAUGUUACCGUGGUAAUUGCUGAACAUCUCAUGAGUGGUUAGACGAAUGAGCGCCGCUGAGCCGACCUCAAACAGUGGCUGCUGUGCAAGUGUACGGCCGUACCUUGAAUCUGUUUUGUGCAAAUGCUGCAUUACAUCACUGGAUCGCGUAUGCUACGUUCAGCGAGAAGUGAAUGUGGCUGUGCGUUUGGAGGUGUUCAGUCGAGGCCUGACUUUAAGUGGCUAUAUUGUUGUGAGAAGUUUGUGAAGCCGCGGAUCUUGCCGGUCUCGCGCGCAGGUCUUUUUUGGAGAGUUCACUUAAGUGGCUCUGAAGAGUUUAACUUUUUUGGUCAGGGAGCUUCAUGCCAUGCUGUGGCGGCUCCGUUGGUAGUCUGUAAUCAAAAGUUCACACGGAAAUUGGUCUUCAAUUGGCGUGUGUAAAAUUGGCUUUCGUAACGUAAAUUGCUGCAUAAGUUCUAAUUGGUAAAAAUAAGGUUUUCGACUGGGAGACAUCGGUGAGGAUUUCCUAAACUUCAUUUUUGGCCGGAGUGCACCUAAACUCCCCCUAAAUCUAAUCAUACUGAAAUAACUGUCAAAUUCUAUCGCGUCUCUUUACAUUCACAGUGAAAUCUGCUCCUCACAUCGACGUUCCUAGUCAUAGCGAGACAGGUUUGUUGAUUAAUUCAACCCACCUUGCUUAGUGAUGACCAAUGUUAACGCGCACAAAAUCUACAUGGUAAGACUUUCAACUUUCUUAACUCUUAAUUGGCGUUAGAAUUUAAAUCGUCCAAUGUGGCCGCAUUUCUAGUGUUUCCAUAGCUCGACUUAGUUUUUUUGAAAUAGAGAAUUAAUCUUAAAGAAAGUUUAUGGAUGUAAGCGCUUCAGUAUGACCACUUAAGGGCAACUUGAAUUCCCGUGUACGAGAUUUGAUCGAAUGUUAAUGAACGUCGAGAUUUUAUGCCUGGUACUGCUGACUCCCGUAUGACACCCAGUGAGUGAAACGUGGGUUUUGUUCCCGUAGACUUGUUUACCGUUAUCACCAAUUUUUUUUUUUUUUUUUUUUUUUUUUUUUUUUUUUAUUGGAUAUUCGAAUGUGUGAAGAUCUAUACACAUGAUGUAGGUUUACAUGCCGUGUAGAUAUGGUGAGAUGCAAUGUAAAAAUCUUCUUAGUCCUGAAUAAUAUAUAUGGAAAUGCGAUUUUGGAAUAGAUUUCGGCCAUGUAAGAGGGUAAUGAAUAUUGAUAAUACUCUCUCCUCACGCGUUGAUGUGGCAUGUGAGUCUUUCUAAGCUUCCUUGUUGACUUCUGUUUUGCGUAUUCAACCAUAGAUCAUUCAUGGCGCAAUGUGCUUUAGGCUUUUAUUUCGUAUUCUAUUUUCUUAUGAUGGAUAGAACAUGUUGUAAAAUUUCUAUUUUUCUUGAAAGUCGAUUUUUUGAGAGAAAGUUUUUAAAAAGAAGAAAAAGGCCAGUAUUAGUGAAACAAAUUUCUUUUUUUUUCUCUCUCUCUUCCGAAUUUUAUCCAGAGUCUAUUGUAUAUAAUUUGUAACUGAGGGGAUGUGACUGCGACAGUGAGUACCUUGUUUUUUUUUCUCACAUGGAAAAUGGUUACUGUCGCCUUCCCUGUCAACGAUUCUGUCUCUUUUCUCCUCCGGUGGCGAUUCGACCUUCUGUCAGACCCAUGACUAAUUAAAAAAAAAAAAAACAUUGAGGUCAAUCUUUUUAUAUCGCCAUUAAUUUUUCCCUCUUUAAACACACCGCCAACUCGAUUGAGUUCAGGUUUGUUAAUCCCUGUAAAGUUUAUCAACUUACAACUUUAUAGAAUAUAUAAAUAUAUAUAUAUAUAUUGAAUAUCAGUUAAUCUCAGUUUUUGUCAGAGUUUAAUAUAUGUCUAUAUAAAAAAAAAAGAUAAAAUAUGUUUAUUGUAAAUACAGAAUAUCCGCAAACACUUGGGGUAUGCCGUUAAACCAGUUGAUGUUAUCUUUAUGUAUAUAACUAAUACUGUCUAUUAAACGCAGGUAAAGUGUUGUUACAUUGUGAUACAUGUUGCCGCGAGAGAGAGUAUGUAUGCUUAGGAACGAGUGUAGUUGGCUUAUAAAGAGAAAAGCUAAAGGGUUCUAGUCAAGCAAGUUAUAAGUGCGAGUGAUUUAUCUAAAUGUGAACAGGAAAGUUUGUUUUUUUUCUCCUUGGAUGUGUAUCAGGGUGUGGGAGAAAAUGAGACAAUGUGCGUGGUUUUCAAUAGUUUCUGUUUGUUCUAUGCCUGUGGGAGUACAUCAUUGCUACUGUUUAAGGAUUCGUGUGCUUUUCCACUCGCUUUCACACUGUGGCGAAAGACAGCAAACACAGAAAUAAAAAAAACGGACAGUAAGCUCAUUGUUGUAAUGUUUGCUGUUCCUCGUAUUGCUUCCAGUGUCAUAGAGUAGGCCAAUUCAUGUCGACAAAUGGCUUUUUUUUCCUUUAUACACAAUAAACACUGGUGAUGUAAAAGCAGAAUCAACAUUUUUUUUAUAAUCCGAAAGUCAAGACGAUUGCAAGGGCGUUUUACAGAAUAAUUUGGAGAUUGAAGUGAAUCUGUUCGUAUACGAUGCGAUUUGCAACUCUGUGAACACGACUGGAAAGAGUUUUAUAUCAGUAAGUUAUUCGCGUUGAUCGAUCAAAUCAUGACCGAUAUAUAUAUAUAAGUUUAUUAAUGGUAUUCCCAAGACGUUAUAUCUUUCCAUCAAUGUCCCUAAGUUGCAUGCAUCAUAUGAUGAACCAUUUCCCUCUCUCUCAGUGGCUGUCUGUAUUCGAACUCUAAUUAAAACACCUUUACAAAGACCAUGUGUCAUCUGGUGCUUCAAGACGCGGUGAGAAUAUAUCUAUUGGAGAAAACACGAUGUAAUACCGUCUCUUGUGUCAAAAGACCUCAUAGAUUCGGUCUUAGCUUUUGUUGUAAAAGUUGGUACCGUAUUUGGUGUUACUCAUAUGCGUUGGUAUUUGUCGGAGAUUCGUACGAUUUGAGAAUGUCUUUCUACGAGUGUGUUGGUAUGUGUGUGUACUAUGAACCAAAAUUUUCAUCGCAGAAAAAAGUGGAUUAAAAGAACGAUGAAAUAAAAGUUAUACUGACUCAUGGAUUUUGUGAAGAGAUAAGUCUGCCUUGAUAAUACGCAAAAAUGACUUUUAAAAUAAUGUGUUAUCGAAGGGAAAUGAAAUACAAACACCCUUGCCCUAUUUUUUCGAAAUGAAAGUCUUUGUAAAACAGUGAUAUGUUGUGUUCAAGUGUGGACUGUUCAUACCUUGUGAUAUGUAUCGUGCCAUCUGUUACUCCUGUAAUGGAGAGGACCGUGAAUGUGUUUAUUAAUGACCAGAAAAAUAACAUUUCAAGUCCAAGA